GGGACGCCCAUUGUACAUGUAGAUAGGCACGUACGGAGACUGCCAGUCUUCCGAGUUCAUUCUCUGCUCUCACUGCUAGAACUGUACGGUUGUAAGUCUCAAGGAUGGCUCCUAAGUACAAGUUUACGUACUUUGACGUGCGAGCUCGCGGGGAGCCGACCCGGCUGCUGUUCGCCGCUGCAGGGGUGGAGUACGAGGACGUCAGGGUACGGAGGGACGACUGGGCGGCCUUGAAACCGACCAUGCCUAUGGGUCAGCUGCCCAUCCUGGAGGUGGACGGAGUCACCCUGUGCCAGAGUAUGACCAUAGCUCGCUUCGUUGCCAGGGAGACGGGAAUGGACGGUAAAACCAAACUGGAGCGGGCCCAGGCCGACGCCUUUGUGGACGAGUUAGAGGACCUGGUGCCGAAACUGGCUAUGGCGAUGAUAUUCACAACAGAUGAAAACGAGAAGGCGGAGAAGGUGAAGGAACUGGAUAAGGCAAUCGCAGAGAAACUCGGCAAGUGUGAGAAACUCAGCGGACCUGACGGGCAUCUAGUAGGAAACAGUAUGCUGUGGUGCGACCUGGUGUUGUACAACAUUGCGUAUGACAUCGAGGAGGUGUACAAGUCGGGAACCCUGCAGGACUACCCCAAACUGGCCAAGGUGUAUGACACGGUCCGGUCCGACCCGCGCAUCGCCAAAUGGAUCGCCGAGCGGCCGGCAGGACAGUUCAACAUCUGAUAGAAAGAGAUGGUAGAAGAUGUUCAAGAUGUCACAGAAGAUAGCAGUUUGUCAGGAACUUCCGUUUUAAUAUCUAAGAAGAUGUAGCGUCAAAAUUGUUCCGUUUUUCCCAUCUAGUUACACAUUUUUCCCAUCUAGGUACCCGCAUUUUUCCCAUCUAGUUACUCACAUUUUCCCCAGGUAGUUACCCACAUUUUCCCAUUUAGUUACCCACAUUUUCCUAUCUAGAUACUCACAUUUCAUUUGCCCACCUAGAUACUCACAUUUUCCCAUCUAGAUACUCACAUUUUCCCAUCUAGAUACUCACAUUUUCCCAUCUAGUUACCCACAUUUUUAUAUUAUCUCUCGAAUUCGGCUGUGGGGCUAAAAACGUGGAUCACUAGACUAAAAUGACGUACGAAAUGAACCAGUUUGAAAGAGAAUAAAUGUUAUUUUUCUUCCAUUUAAAAAAAUUACUUCAA